AUGUUAAUCACGCCUCGAACGUAUUCAUCUUCACAAACGCCAGACCGAGCGGUCGCCGAUUCCCGCUCCAAGGGCGCGUCCCGCUUCUACACCCUCGCUGGGUGGCGUCAGAGCCUGGGGAUUCCAAAUCUGGCUCCAGAAAUGUUGUUGACUUAUCAAAAAGGCAGUGUACGAGUUGGAGAGGUCGUCAGAUACACUUUAACAUAUACACCAGCAGCCGAUCCCAUUUUACCUCUCCCCGCACAACUUUACGUUAGGGUGAAAAAUGCCUCGGCCAUUCCAUUGCGAGCCGCAUAUCUCCAUGGACCGUACACCCUCUACGCAUCCUGCUAUCCAUCUACAUUCGACCCCAACAGCAAAUAUAAUGAACAAGAAUCGGACGGCACGCCGCAAUUUGAACCGUAUCUCAAAGCCGGUGGAAACUGGGAUGCGACUAUCAAGUUACCAACAUCCUUCGGAGGCUCUCACGAUCUCGCUGCUCGUCAGCCGGAGCCGAAUGGCCCUUCCACGGUGACUUGGAUUAUUGAGAUUGUGUCUCAGGUGAUAUUCUCCAAUAGCGCAGCUGUUCACUUUGAACUGCUUGUCGCUCGUGACGCCAAAUCCUUGGAGUUUUUCUCGUCCAGCGGGACGUCAGCGGCCGCAAUGGGCCCCCCCGGCAAGCUACAGGAUCACUGGAUGCCAGAGACCAAGGGCCUGCAAGUAAUGGCUACGACGGGGGUUUUUUCGAAGUCUAUAACACUACGUGUGGAUGAUACAAGCAGCCUGUGGAACAGCCCACCGUUGCCGUCAAAAACCAGUCCGGUUGAGAUCGACUCGGGGAUUGGAACCCACCCUGUUGAACCAGAAGAGCCAAGGCGUGUGGCCGAAACCCCCUCUAUUCCGACAAAGAAGCGGAUUCAUUUGGUUGUUGUGACACAUGGCUUGCAUAGUAAUUUAGGCGCAGAUAUGCUCUAUCUCAAGGAAAGCAUCGAUGCAGCCACGAACAAAGCCAAGAUGAGAAAGAAUCAACGGGAUAUCAAGGAAGAUGACGAGGACGUCGUUGUUCGGGGAUUCUCAGGCAAUGCGGUUCGCACCGAACGUGGCAUCCAGUAUCUUGGAAAACGCCUGGCCAAGUAUGUCUUGUUGAUGACAUACCCCGACCAACCCUAUUUUCCUCUGAAGGGUCCUAAGUCCAAAACAUUCCCUCGUCCUUUUAGUUCUCGAAAAGGUGAGGAUGAUCUCUCCUCGGAUCCUCGUGGUUUUGUGGACCAAGGUGGCAUUGCUUGUGAGAAUGACCAUGCCUACCAGAUCACCAGCAUUAGUUUUAUUGGACACUCUCUUGGUGGCCUGGUUCAAACAUAUGCCAUCGCAUAUAUUCACAAACACUCUCCCCAUUUCUUUGAGCAGAUCAGACCGGUCAAUUUCAUUGCCCUUGCAACGCCCUUUCUAGGCCUUAGCAAUGAGAAUCCCAUGUAUGUUCGAUUUGCCCUGGACUUUGGCCUGGUUGGUCGAACAGGACAGGAUCUUGGACUUAGCUGGACGGCACCAAAGGUACGAAGCGGCUGGGGUGCCAUUAUUGGCGGGCGAGGUGACUCAAGCAAAGACCAAAGCAGCCCCGACCCAGGGUCCAAGCCGCUCCUGAGAAUCCUGCCCUGUGGACCCGCUCAUGAGGCUUUGCGGAAGUUUCAGCAUCGUACUGUGUACUCGAAUGUGGUCAAUGAUGGCAUUGUUCCCCUGCGAACCUCUUGUUUGCUCUUCUUGGACUGGAGGGGCCUUGAUCGCGUGGAGAAGGCGAGAAGAGACAACGGUAUUGUUGGAACCAUGGCGGAAUGGGGCUGGGCAGAGUUAACUGGAGCCAAUUCCAAGUCCCCCCAAAUUGCUCGUGCUGGUGAACUACCCAGACUGGCAGAUGUUGCUUCUUCAUUGGAUGAGCAUGAAACCCUGCCUCAGGAAGACCCGUCCUCUCCUGCUCAGAAUCAAUUUUUGGGAUCGACAAGACAUCCUUCACAACACAGUCAAGUGCCAGAUGUCGGACCCAAGGAGAACGUCUCUGAAAACGCCUCUUUUGGUCCUCUCAGCACAUUCUUCUCAUUGUUCCGUGCCAAGGAGACCAAGCCCCACCCGCGGCCGAAGCAUACCAAAAUCUAUAAGCGUAGCCAGACUCUCGCGUCAUUUGAUGCUAACGAAGGUUCCGUUCCAUCAGUUAGGGGACCUUCCCUAUAUGAAGAUGAAGAGGGACUGCAUACGCCGCCGAAGACCACCUUUUUUGAGUCGGCAGGCGACUUGUUGAUGCCGCCUUUGCCCCCCAGCGAAUUCAUCCUUGACCCUUCAGCCCGCCCGCGAACUAUCUUUCAUGAUCGAAUUUAUCAUCCAGACGAUGUACCGCCCCCUUUACCCGUGAAACGACGCACUAUUGCGUUUAGCUCCUCACAGGAUAAGAGCACGAAUGCACCCCCUGCGGCUACCCAACUCCCGUCCAAAUCUGGGGUCCCCACCAAUCUUGGGGAGAGCGGAUUAAAGGUCGAGGAGAAGAUUGCCCGUGCCUAUCACCGCGAUUUGACCUGGCGCAAGGUACUUGUGCGCCUCGAGCCCGACGCUCAUAACAACAUUAUAGUACGACGUAUGUUCACAAAUGCUUACGGGUGGCCUGUCGUGAAACACUUGGUUGAUACGCACUUUGGGCAUACCGAGGCCGUGGAGACGGAUGAUGUGUUGCAACAGAAUAUUGAGCGGGCCAAAUCGCCCGGUAUUGGACCGACAAGCUCCGGUGACGAAGUUGAAGGUCAAUGUGACGAACAUGACCACGACCACCAUCAAGAUCCAGAACAGACACCUCGCAUGGGACCGGAUCAGCUUCACAAUUUUCCGGGGCCUCCACACCUCUCGGCGCAUCCCCAUGACACAUUCCCAUUCGAAUAUGAAUCACACAAAACGACGAGCACCAAUGGACAGUCGCACGAUACCGAGGUUUCUCGACCGGAUUCAGCGCGUUGGACAGAUCGCCAGGUUGAUGAAGAUGAUGCUUGUGAGUCUGGGCUCGACGAGACAGAUGAGACUGGAUUUCGUUGGUCCCCCACAUUACGGCCAUGA